UGUGUUGUCCCCUCCCGGGGUGUUCACCUGGGGGUGGAGGGGCUGGGUCACUGGUCACUCUGCUGAGCUCUUUGAGGGCCAGCACAGCAGCUGCACUGUGUCACACCCCACUGGCUGUGGGUGAGCGUCAUUCCCACACCCUCCAGCACUUGUUUUUGUCUAAUUCUAGCCGUCCUAGUGGCUGGGAAGUGGGACCUCGCUGCCGUUUUGCUUUCCUUUUCCUGAGGAUUGUGGCAUCUUGCGUGCUUGGCCGCACUUCACCUGUGGACACAUUCAGCAACCCUGGCGAAGGAGUCCUCAGUGGGCUGGGCUCGGGGAUCCCUGCGUGACCCAGACAGACUCUGUUUUGCUCCCACAGAGCUCCAAGCCCAAGAGGGUACAGGCAGGUGAACAAAACAGGUAACUGCUGAGCACAGAGUCCUGGGAGGUUGGUCACCCACCGGCGGCCAGGACUCGCGUCUGAGAGCAGGAAGGGCCAGGGGUCUGGCUUCCAGAGACACACUGGAGGUGUGUGUUGGGGGGCCGGUGUCAGGAAUCGCCACAGCCAUUCAUAAAGUUGGCGUCUGCAGAAUGGCAGAGCCGAGAGGAGACAGACUGACCGCCAGCCUAGGCGGUGGCGUGUCUGGGGCGGUGGGGGUGGCCGGGUGGCCCCAGAUCGCCCUGAGCCUCCAGGUCGCAGGUUAGAGAGGCGGCAGCGCCACGCGAACACAGGUUGUGCCGGGAAAGGUAGGUGGUGGCGCCAGGGGUUGGGGGCAGCGGUCCGUGUUGGCGGGGCAGAGCCUCAGUUCGGGAGGAUCGAAGUCUGGAGCCGGCACGGCUGCGCCGCGGUGCGAGUGCUUCGUGCCGCUGACCUGGGCACCUGACGUUCAGAUGGUGACUUUACUGUCAUGUCUACUUUACCACAAUUACAACAGUAACAGACCGAGCUCCCCUGGCGACCGCGCCCUUCCCUGACCCGAGGACACCGCGCCCCGCCCGGCGCCGGCCUCCGCGCAGGAGCAGGGGAGCCCGGCUGCGGGCUGCGAGGGGCCGAGCGGGGACCCGCUGCCACGCGGGCCGGACCUCACGCCCCGGGCCGGAGCCACAUGGACGCGCAGGGCCCGGAAAUCCCCGGCGGGGCCGCGCUGCGGGACGCGGCAGAAAAUCUGUUUCAGGAACUUCAAGAACAUUUUCAAGCUCUGACUGCAACAUUAAACAUCAGAAUGGAAGAAAUGGGGAAUCGCAUUGAGGACUUGCAGAAGAAUGUAAAUGACUUAAUGGUGCAAGCUGGGAUUGAAAACUCUAUUAAAGAACAAAUGACCUGAAGAUGUUAUUAGACAAGUCACUUGAAACUGUGAUAAAAUGAAAACUCUUUGAGUAAUAAUCUAUGUAAUAUGAUUCUGAUUUUCCAUAUUUAAUUUAAAAAUUCAUUUUAGUAAAAUAAGAGAUUGAAAGAACAAAAGCAAUGAAGGAAGAAUAUCAUUCAGAGUUGACUAAGCACUUAUCAAACAUGGUUGUAAAUAACAGAAUAUUUCUCAAUGCAUACCUAAUACUUACCCACUGUGGAUGAAAAGCAUAGCCAUAUUAGUUCAAAUAUUUUUCCAUAUUAAAAUUCUAUACAGAUCUUUUUUCAAAAAGAUCAUAAGCAGUUUUCCAACAGAAGCUGCAUUUGACUAACUGCAUUCCAAAUCAUUUCUAGUCACAUGCUUUUUAGAAAGACUCAUUUUAAUAUGUCCAGUCCAAAUAGAUUCUCACAGCAAUUGUUCUUCAAACUAAGAAGACUCAGAAAACUCCAAAUCAAAUCAAACCAAACUAUUAAUAAAAAACAAAAAAACAAGUGAUUGAGGAAUUCAGUCUUUACUUCCUAAAGGAAACCAGUUAUCCUUCAUGAUUCUUAUCUUUUAGUGGUUUUUUUUUUUUUUCCAAAGAGUUUUCCUGAGUCCUGAGCUUACCCCUUCACCCACUCUACCCUGUAGAAGUAAUUGCUAAGGAAAGGAUUACUAUUCAAGAUUACUGUUCAAUUCACUUUUCUCCAAGCCAAAGUAAAACAGAGCUAUUAUUACCUAAAAAAAAAAGAGUCAAUUAUACUCUCUUUUUAAAAAAUAACAUUAUUCCUGUGUAUAUUAAAUCAUAUUCAUACAAAACUCAAAAUUAAGACAGGCAUGGUGGCUCACGCCUGUAAUCCUAGCAUUUUGGGAGGCCAAGGUGGGAGGAUUGCUUGAGUCCA